AUGUCGAUCGCUGGUAUUCCUGCUUCCUCGACGCCACCACAGUACCCCCCGUCCUCUCAUUGUAGAGGCCUUUUGACGCCUUCUCUCAUCGCGCUGAUCGACGACCAGCUACCUUUCCAUCUCGCUAUGAUUGACGGUCGUAUUCCUGGACUCGAACUGAAGCAUAUUCCUCCUGAAUGCCUCCCCAUCUGGGGGCAGAAGUGGGCCAAGCCCUAUCGCCCGCUGGGACCUAGCCAGGCCUGCGAGCAUGCGUUCUGGAUCUCAGGCUCUGCCGAGGAUCUGCCUUUUCUUGUUGAGCCCGACUCGCCGACGUUGACAUCGGAAACAGCUGGCUCUGACCACACGUCUUCCUACCUUGCCUCUCCUUACGAGGAGGCGUACCUUACACUGAACUCUACAAGCACUCCACAGGACGUCAUGCCUCGGGACUCGUAUAGCCCGAUGCCGCCUGUUCACGAUUCAACGCCACAAAAUCCUCUUACCCUCAUCCCGUUCCCAUCGCCUCAAUACCUUGCAUCUUCGCCUGGAUCAUCGGAUCACACAUACCUUGACGCCUUCUUCAAUAUGGAGGAGACGACGCAAGAAUCAACUGCUUCUUCGCAAGCGAUGUCGCAUUUCUUAGAUGUGCAUCAGGCCGCCAUGAACCACGACAGCGCUUUCGUCCAUACACCCGUUCCAAACAAUAAUAUGACAGGCCCGGCUCUCUCUUACGACCUCGUUCCCUCUACAUCAAUUUCUAAUGACUUCCAGCCGACGGCAGCCGGCCAUCAACGCUGCAGGUCUACAGGGGCCCUUGAACUCGAGAUUCCCACCAGCUUUCCGAAUUCCUUACUAACGGACCCGUCGAACGACCUACUGCGCAUGCGCCAGCUCUCAGAACCGCGCGACGUUGGCGGGAUCCGAGGCUUCGAUGCUACCGAGGCCCAUGCCGUACACCACGUACCUGAUCACACCUUCACCAUGUCAGCACCGUCUUUUCUUGGGGCCGUAUUUUAUGGCGAAGCUGAUGGCGCCUAUACUUCCUUCAGCGACCCUAACUUAAUUAAGCCUGUCUACUCACAGCCUGAUCCGACCGCCAGCACGUCCCCAUCGCAGCCGCAGCCACAGAGAGCAUUGCACAUACCCGAGUUUCUCAAUCCUCAUAUCGCACUUCGCGCUGCUCGGGCCUGCCAACACGGCUCAGUAUCGGGUCUCGCGGCUCACGCACGCGCCUCGACGUCAGCAGUUGGGUCCUAUGACCUCGGCAGUCCCUCAUAUCCGCCGAGCGCCCACACCGCCAGCGACUUUGGAUAUGGCACCCCUGCUCCCAUUCACUUGGACACACAUGAACGCCACCCAUUCCCGCCAUAUUACAUUGAUUCACCGACGUUCCAUGGCAACGGCGAGGCGUAUAGCGGGCAUCGGGCCAAUGGUCACUUCGACCCCGAUUACAACCUCCAUCUCGGGCCCCGCGGAUAA